AUUAAACGUCAACGUCAAACCUGUAGUUGUCAUAGUUUUAGUAAAUUUUCAAAAUAUCUUGGCGUUUUUAUUAGUUAUCUUGUAUUUACUUACAUAAAUGGGUUCUUCGCAAAGUUCUGAAGUUCCAGGAGGGGGUUCAGAGGGGUAUCAUAUCUUAAGGGUCCAGGACGGCUCCCCGGGGCAAAAAGUUAAUCUCGAACCGUUUUUUGAUUUUAUAGUAGCUAUAGAAAAUACUAGAUUGGAUCAAGAUAAUGACACUCUUAAAACGCUCUUAAAACAGAAUAUUGAUAAGACAAUAAAGAUGCUCAUUUACAGCACAAAAACCCAAUCGGUAAGGGAGGUGAUGAUAACACCCAGUGCGAACUGGGGUGGACAAGGUUUACUGGGCGUUAGCAUUCGUUUUUGUUCCUUUGAAGGUGCAAAUGAAAAUGUUUGGCAUGUGUUGGAAGUGCAUCCUUCGUCACCAGCAGAACUGGCUGGUUUACGACCCUUCUCAGAUUAUAUAAUAGGAGCUGAUUCUAUAAUGCAUGAAAGUGAAGAUCUGUUUACAUUAAUUGAAGCACAUGAAGGAAGACCAUUAAAGCUCUAUGUUUAUAAUAUUAAUGAUGACACCUGUCGUGAAGUUGUGAUAACUCCUAAUCAUGCCUGGGGAGGUGAAGGUAGUCUUGGUUGUGGUAUUGGCUAUGGCUACCUUCACAGGAUUCCUAUUAGAAAUGCAAACAUUACUCAAAACCAAAUACAAUAUAAUGUUUCAACACCAAUGGUGUCAGAACAAAAUAUACAGCAGGCUAUGGUGUCGGGGGUACAAAGCUUAAGUGUCAACGAUGAGACGGCACCACUUGUUGCACAGUCUCAGGUAUCUCAGCCACAGUUCCUGUCAGGUGUGCCAAUGGUAAAUCCUGGAGCAUAUAACCCAGGAAUCCCUGUCAGUAGUGCCCCAAAAGCCUUAGAAGCAACUGCCAUACCACAAGAAAGCCAACCUCCAAUGUCACAACCCCAGUCAAUGGUCUCCAAUAUGGCGGCCUAUUCCAGCAAUUUGGCUGAAACAACAUUAACCAAUUUAGGUAGCAUUCCUUCCGUGUCAAAUAUGCAACCACCGGCUCCACUUCCUAAUCUGCCCGGCAUCCCAAUGAACCAACCGCAGCCAUAUAUACCUAUAAUGCAAAAUUACUCUCAGCCUCAGGCAACCGUUCCGAUUCAAACGAUGCAACAGGCUCCAAACUUAGUUCCAACUUUUGAUAUGAGUAGUUUUGCACCAAUUCAAGCGCCGUCUUUAGGAGGACUGCCCGUAGUGACGCCAGUUUCUCUCCCAGGAAUGCCAUCAAUAACAGUUAGCGCUACUUUACCCGUAUCGACGAUGCAAGAAAUACACCAACAGCAGGUCCAACAGCAGCAAGAUUUACUAUCGUAAAUAUUUUAUAGUAUUUAGGUUCAAAAAUUGACAUUUAGCACAGAUUAUAAUUUAGUUGCCAAUAUAUUUUAUUUCGUUUAUCCAUGUUAUAUUUCUGUAUAAAUAUAAUUUUUGUUCUUGUCUAUUACAUUCAUGUAUAACAUAAAUAAAUGGCAUUUACUAUUUAAAUGUGAAUAAUGAGUUCGUUUAGUGUACGUCCAAAAUCGAAUAGAAUUUAUAGGUACAACAAUAAUUCAAUCCUAUGAAUUAUCUGCCGUUUAAAAGUUGAUGUAUAAUUUGGCAUUAAAAUAUAUGUAUACAAUUAAAGUUUUUUUAUAUCUUU